CGAAGAAUUAGCCUCGCUUUCGGACUUUUUAUCGAUAUUCGGACUUUCAUUAAUGAUUUUUUUUUUCUACAAAUGUUUAAGUGUAGUAAGUGAUUAUGGAUGAAAUACCUUUAUUUCUUGACGAAUUAUCAUCAUCUAUUUACAUAUUUGUGACGUAAGUCGGAACUGACGUUGCACAUUGGUAACAGCUAUUAUUGAUAACAUGCUGGGUCAUAAAAUAAAGAUGAAUCAACAACAUAAAGGAACCAUCAUGAAAGAUGCUAGGUUUAAAGGAAACGCAUACCAGAAUAACCAAUUCCAGAAUUGCACACAUAAACACGAGAGUUUUAUUCCCAUAAAUGAGUUUACUAUUUAUGAUCUACCUCAACAAUAUCAAGUUCGAGAAAUUUAUCUCAAUAUUAUAAGAUUGUCGAAUCUAACAACAAGAAUUAAAGUAAGAGUCGAUCAAAACGACACGUCGAGGCUAGGCACAGGUACGGUGAGUGCUGUCAAAUUUCAUUAUGCCACAGACAAUUUCGGAAGAAAUUACAAAAAAUGCGCGAUAAUUGAAGUGACAACAGCCUUCCAUGUUGUUCGUAAUAACAAGGAUGCUUCAAAAACAACGGUGGAAUUAUUUUAUAACGAUUAUCAAACAAGACACGCUGUAAAAUUUCUGAAAGGCAAAAGUGUCAAAUUUAGCAAUCGCGAGGAAGACUGGUGUAUCUUUGUAUGUUACACGAAGAAUAUAAAGCUCGCUGAUGAGCUAAACCACCAUCUGAAGACAUUCCAAAAACUCAGCAGAAAAAUUAAUAGAAUGUUUCCUGGAAAGUCAGAUCUUGCGGUUAUUGUGUCGCAUCCUCAUGGUGGGCCAAAAAAGGUCUCUAUUGGGACAUGGACUGUGACCGAGCCAGAGAGAUUUGUUGUCGUUGGCAACGGCUUAACGAUCACUGCUGUUGUUUUUGGUGACAUGAUAAUUUACACAGUACAUUUAAUGCGGCCGGAUAUCGUUACAGGAAAAUUUUCAGAAGAAGUCGGAAUAGAGUGUGAAGUUGUAUACCCUGAUGGUACAACAACGUUCUACCCAAUGUGGCAGAUGGAUCAAUUGGUUAAACACACAAAACAUGAACUUUUCAUGAAAGGAGGUUUACGAGACUUUCGAGAAGAUGAUUUGUAUUUGGAGAUUGAGUUACCUGGCGAGGAGAGGCAACCCAUGGACGACAACCAGCAACUGGCGUAUUACAGGAAUGAUUUGUCUUUCGCUAAUCGAAUCCACAUGAAAGAAAAACCACAACACUUUGACUGCGUUGUUAGAAAGUCUGUCAGAAAACACAGUCCACCUGCUUCUAACUUUGGAGGAGGGCAGAACUUACACUUGAUAAGCUAUUAAACUUGUUGAGAUAUGUGCCUCUUUACAGGUCAAGUGCAAAUAUGAUUUUCUAUACAAUUAAACUGAAAUACAAUAUAAAAGUUUAUGAAAAUGUGAUAUAAUAAAUAAUAUACUUAAAAUAAUGUAUAUCCAUUAAAAAAGUAAAAUAGGGUAAAAAGAAAACAUUUCUUUUUAAAGACUCAAUUUACAAGUUUCUAUCUAAACUCAUGAAACGUGUUACAAUGAUUGUGAAAUAAAACUGAAAUAUGUU